GUAGUACUGGUCGUCGUCGUCUUCCUUCUUCUUUAUUAACAAAAACACGUUUAUUUUUCUCCUCAAAAACUUCCAUUUUACUCCUUCCGAUCUUUACUUAUAAUCAUCUAGAAAUAUCAUAAACUCGGUUUAUCCAUAUCCCACACCAAAUUCCCUAUCAAUCAAGGUGACAUUUUCCGGUCAAAAAGUGUUAUUUGACAGAGGUAUUGAGGAUUAUCUUCUGGGGUUGUUUUUGGAGGUGUAGGAAUUGAUGCUUAAGAGAUAGAACGAUUCGGAGUUGAGUUACUUAGGCAUUUAAGAUGGUGGAAGGACCGAAAUUUACGGGGAUUGUAGGAACUUCUGAUUAUGAUAACAAAAUGUAUGAAUACACACCAGGGUCAUACUACAAGAUUGGUGAGGAUUCAAAUAUGUCAAUUGAUAGUAUGGCGAGUUUGCAGACGAAUACGGGCGGCGGGUCUGUUGCUAUGUCUAUAGAUAGUAGUGUUGCAUCGAAUGAUUCUCACACACGUAUGCUUGAUCACCCCGGCAACAAACCUGUUAAUAAUAGUAAUACAAUGGGAUAUAGUGUCCAUCGUCCAGGUAGAGAUCCACAUGUGUUAAGUGAUGAUGCACUAGCUGAGGCUUUGAUGGAUGCUAGUAUACCUACUCAGGGACUUGAGAAUUACGACGAUUGGACGAUUGAUUUGACGAAGCUCAGUAUGGGGAUGGCGUUUGCACAGGGUGCUUUUGGAAAGCUGUAUAAAGGAACGUAUAAGGGUGAAGAUGUUGCAAUAAAAAUAUUGGAGAGGCCUGAGAAUAGUGUUGAGAGGGCUCAGUUAAUGGAACAGCAAUUCCAGCAGGAAGUUAUGAUGCUUGCUACACUGAGGCAUCCGAAUAUUGUUCGGUUUAUUGGGGCGUGUCGUAAACCAAUGGUUUGGUGCAUCGUAACGGAAUACGCGAGGGGUGGAUCAGUUCGACAGUUUUUGAAUAGGCGGCAAAAUAGAUCGGUGCCAUUAAAAUUGGCAGUCAAGCAGGCGUUGGAUGUUGCAAGGGGAAUGGCGUAUGUACACGGGCUUGGUUUUAUACAUCGGGAUCUCAAAUCUGAUAAUCUUCUAAUUGCAUCAGACAAGUCGAUUAAAAUUGCAGAUUUUGGGGUGGCACGGAUUGAAGUUCAAACAGAGGGUAUGACUCCAGAGACGGGAACUUACCGUUGGAUGGCUCCAGAAAUGAUCCAGCACAGGGAUUACACACAUAAGGUGGACGUGUACAGCUUUGGCAUUGUCAUGUGGGAACUCAUCACAGGAUUACUUCCAUUCCAGAAUAUGACGGCAGUGCAAGCCGCAUUUGCCGUUGUAAACAAAGGUGUCAGGCCAAUAAUCCCAAACGACUGCCUUCCUGCACUUACCGAUAUCAUGACACGUUGCUGGGAUGCAAAUCCUGAUGUCCGUCCACCUUUUCCAGAGGUUGUCAGUAUGCUUGAGAAUGCUGAGAAGGAGAUAAUGACUACCGUUCGAAAGGCUCGCUUCAGGUGUUGCUUGACGCAACCCAUGACUUCAGACUGAUUCAGGAAAAAAAUAGAAGGAUUUGAAAAGAGGAUAACAAAACGACAAUAACAGAAGAGGGUGAUUUUACUGAAGCCUUGUGUAUGUAAUUGGUUUUCCGUAUAAUUUUUCUUUUUUUUACUGGAGAUAAUCUUAUUGUUGUUAAGUAGUAAAGAGAAGAAAUAGAACUGUGUGGGGGUGGUAUUAAUUGGGGCAUAUUGUUCUAUAAUUACCCAUCAGUUCAUUGUCUUGUGAAUCUUCCUCAUUAUUCACACUCUUGGAAUUUCUCUGUAUCUUAAUUUGUAAUUGAAACAUAGCGAUACAUUUCGUGUGCUUCUGCCCUGUAUUAAAACUCUCUAUUUCUUUU